GGACUCGGCGCGGUCGACGCGCGGGGGACAGCUGUCCGCGGGGGACCUGCUGGGCGGGGAGGAGCGCGUGGGCGCGCGGGAGCAGCGCGACGCCGCGUGGAGCGCGUGCGCGCUGACGGGGGAGGCGCUGAGAGAGCCAAUCGUGGUGUGCCAGCUCGGACGACUCUACAACCGGGAGAGCGUGCUACAGCUGCUGCUGUGGCGAGCGGGGGUUGUGGCAGAGGAGAGUCACAAGUGGCGCUUCACCAGGCUACAGGACCAACUGCACCGCUUUGCACACAUCCGAACCACCAAGGACAUUGUAACAGUGCAAUUCUCCUCCCUCACUCACCCACCUGAAAGCGAUGGUGCUGAAAGCACCCGGGGUGACAGCAGCCGGGGUGACAGUGACAGGGGUGAUAAUGAGACAAACAAUGUGAGCUGCAGGCGUGGCGGCGACACUAACGCUGCGGGUGCUGCGGCAGCCGGUGCUGGCGCCGGAGUCACCACCGGCGCAAACAAUUUGUCCGGGUCUUUUGCGGCCAUUCACGUUUUGAGGCGCCUCAAAACCGGUGCUGGCGCAGUGCCUGGGUCUUCUGCGGCCAUUCACGGAGGCAUGAGCAGGACGGGUGGCAGCAGUUCCAGCAGUGCCGUAGGGGUUAGUGGGGGAAGUGCGGCCAGCAGCAGAGACGCCUCUCACUGGGUUUGCGCGCUUUCAGGCGCCUCUGCCAGCACUGGCGUGCCCUUCUCUCUCCUCCGUCCCUGCGGACAUGCAUUCAGCACACGAGCACUGGCUCAGGUGGAGCGCUUGCAGCAGCAACUGAAAGUGAAGGGUCGUGCCAAGAGAAAGGGAGUGCCAGCAUGUGAUCCGAGUCGUCCUCACUCCGACACCCAGUCUCCAUCGGAGAAUAAACGCUCCUGCAAAAACAUCUGA